AUGUCAAGAAACAUUUCUUACGGCCGCGGAGGCGCAGGCAACAUAACCCGGGAACAAAAAGCACCCGAACCCAAAGACUUCAUCACACCAACAAUCAAGCAAGAAGUCUACACGACAGGUCGCGGCGGCUCGGGAAACAUGGUACACAACGAUCCGGAGCGACCAGAGAUUGCGCGCGAGAGCCAAGACGUUGAGUCACCGCCCCUGCGCGCUCAGCAGAUCCCCCACCACACAGGCCGAGGUGGCGCGGCAAACGCUUACAUCCCCACCGCUGAAGAGGAAGAGCGCGAGAAGAAGAUCCAGGAGCAGGAGGCGGAGCUUAUUCGCGUGCGCACGCAGUCCAAGGACCGUGUUAGGGAGAUUGGACAGGAGAGGCAGGAGCUGCGGAAGGAGUCGCCUUCUUCUUAG